CGAGAUGAACCAAAUUGGCAAAUGUUUUUGUAAAGACAAAGAAAUUAUGAUUUAUAUCUGUUUUAGUUUUUAAUAUUGUUAGUAUGAUGCCAUGAAUUAAUAAAUGUACAGAAUACCUCCAUUGGCGCUCUUGAGAUAUUUGAUAUUAUUUAAAGUAAGUAUAAGUUUAUGAGAAUUAAAGUUUUGGAACUGUAGACUGCGGUAGACACUACACUAGACUAGUAACUAGUAGGUAGAGAUCUACUGAACUGGAGUCAGUGUAGUUGUAGUUAUAGGUAGACGACUGGUCUAAUUACUUAAGACAGUCAGUAGGAGUAUGACUAAAAUCUGAUUAAGUUUAACAUAAGUAUAAGUAAAACCCAUCAUGAAUCCAAUGGAGCCAAAGACACUGGCAAUUGGGAACUAAAUUUGUUUAAUUUAGUAAUUUUAGAUAGGGACAUAUUUUUUUUUUUAGAUGAUCUUGAAUUAUAAUUAUAAGAAUUUCAUCUUAUUUAUUUAUUUUUUAAUGUAUUUUAAAGCCUAUUUUAUUGUAUGCUAGUAGUACUAGUACUAGUUGUCUGUUAAUAGUACUUGUACAUUAUAGUUGAGUAUAGUAUAGGCCUAUUUCCCUGUUCAGAGAAGAAUAGAUUAGAGUUCUCCUCUAACUACAGACAUAGACUAUAGUCAUUAGACAAAAACCAGGCACUGCUCAGAACAACGUUCCCAAAUUAAAAAUAGAAUACUUUUCAUCUGGCUACCAGCCUAAAAUAGCCACCUAUUGGUGACAUAAUUUUUUACUUUUAAUUAUGUUUGCAAACUAAUUAUUGCUUGUAAUAAUAUUAAAAUAAACAAUUCCAUGUUUCAAAUAAUGUUUUGUCAGGAAACAUUUUACAAACUUAUUACAAACGCCCGAAGGCACUGUACUAUGGUUUGGUUAGUGUGGCUUGCUGAAAACCUUCUAAUUAUACAAAAAAAAAGCUAUUUAACAGAGAUAACAUUUGUAUCUCUCUUGCAUUUUUCUUUAUUUUUCUUCUUCUUUCAAAACAAAAAAUUUCGGGAUAUGCUGAUGAUGAAGAGGCUGAUGAAGAUCACGAUCUUCAUAAUUUAAAAAUAAACAUUUAAAUAGAGCAUUAGACGUAAACAAAUACGUCACCAAUUAUCGAUGGCUAUUAGGCUGGUACCUGGACACUUUCUAACGAAAAGUAUUCUAUUUUUAAUUUGGCACCACCAUUCUGAGGAGUGCCAACAUCCAUAAUCAUAACAAUGAGACUAAAUUUAAACCAUAAUUUAUGGCACACUUUAAAACAGGAAGGUUUUCAACUCUGGCCAUGGAUUCAUUUGGCUGAUGUAAAAACUUUUAAUUUCAGUAAAAGAAUAAUCAUUUCUUCAAAACCACUAGCAAAUGACUAUCUAAUAUCUUAACAUUUAAAAUCAUGUUAUUAUAGAAAAACGCCUACAAGUACAUUUUAACUGAUCACUCUAGGCUAACCCUAACCAUAAAAUAAUUUGUAACCUAUGACAAUCUAGCAUUGACAAAUAUUAUUAUUUAUAGCAGGUGUUGGUUGGAUGCAUCUAAAACUAAAUAAAUUUCAACCUUUAAUUUUUAAUAAUUGUCAGUUUUCAUUAUUACAGCUUAAGCAUACUUCUAUUUUAAGAAUAUAUUUCUAUGAAGGCUAUCCCAACAAAAUUUAAAAAAAUACAAAAUCACCCCUAAAUCAUAGUUAUGUUCUGAUGUAUUAAAACAUAUUUUUUGUUUGUGGAUGUGGGAGUAUGUUGUCCAAGAGGUAUCAGCUGAAUCAUAGAAAUGUAACUGUAAGCCUACAUUCUGCACUGUAAAACUUAUGUAUAUAGCAGAUUUAAAAAUUAUUCCCUUUAUUAACUUUGAAACUGAAAGGCCAAAAACAUUGUCUACUCAUUAGCAUUAUAUUAACUCUUAUUAUUUAAAGCUAGGCAUUAAUCAUUAAUGAUAAAUAGCUUUAUUUUGUAAAAUCUGUUAAAAAAUUUUUAAAAAGCUUCAAAAGUUUUUUGACUUUUAAAAAAAAAAACUUUUCCUUCAACAUCUGUUUCGUAUUCUCAAUGAAAGUUUAAUGAAAAGUUGUUUUUUUAGCUGACAGUCACUUUUUAAUGAGAAAUGGGGGCAUGCUUUUUAUUGACAAGCAAAUUAAAUCAUGGCUCAAUUGUAGACACUGCGACACUCUUUAAAAUUUUAAUCUGCCACAUAGCAUCAGCUUCCCAGACUCAUCUUGAUGCAUACAACGCAGGGGUAUUUUCAUGCUAAAGACAGUUUCGAAUAUUACAAUUUUUUUAAAAAAAAACGAGACUCUAAAACAUUUAACUUUUGUUGGGCGGACUGGUAACGUACGCCUUGCUGUAUUAUAAUUGAAGCUUAGUUAAAUGCAUUAUGUUAAUUUUUGGUAAUACUUACUGAAACCAGUAUUGCAUAUAAAAACUGAAAUUAGGGAAAGAAAUACUAUUAUCAACAUUGUAUAAAAAUAAUGUCCUAUCAACUGUUAUAAUUAAUAAAGAUGCCAACCAAACAGCAAGAUUUUUGGACACAGGAAUUCUAAGUUUAAUAUAGCUUAAGCAUAAAUGAAGCUGGUAUAGAAUCAACAUUAUUUAGUCUGGUGAAUUUCCUGACCAUAUUGUCUGACACAGGAAUACUAAGUAUAAUAUAGCUUAAGCAUAAAUGAAGCUGGUAUAGAAUCAACAUUAUUUAGUCUGGUGAAUUUCCUGACCAUAUUGUCUGCCUCAUCUUGUGCCUCUAUAAAAUAUUAAUUUUAAUACUUUUUGUUUUCCUUUGUAGCCUCCACUGAACUGAGUCAAGCCCACAACUAACUCAAGAUGUCUAAAUAUCAGUACAGUAAACUUGUCAUGGAGAAGUUUCUCCGACGGUCCUUCUAUGAUGCUGUUUUAGAGCUCUAUGAAACGGCUCAGGGAACACGAAUUAUUUCAGUCAGCCUAGAAGGCAACCUAUCUCUAGUAGUGAAUAAAGAUGAAAGUUUUGUCAUCAAACUUAAUGAAAUUGCCCAGCGGGCUGAUGACCGGGAAGACCAUCAGCAACGUUAUAAAGACAUGGGAGAGAUGAAGCUUGAAGAGAGCAUGGACAGGUAUGUGGUCAAGAAGGAAGAGUAUCAACCCCACACAGCGGAAUCCGUUCCUUCAAGUCUUGCCAAUGAAAUCAUCAAUCUGGAUCCUGUUGCUAAGGAAUCCGAAAAGCAUGUGCAGGGAAUAACUUUAGACCCCAACAAAAUGGACACCAGCUAUGAUGAUCUUAAGAACAAAUACUCAGAUGGUUCAGAUGACAAGCUUAAUGAAAGUAAGGGUGAAAGUGAUUCUUAUGAGAAGUCAAGUGAUGGAGAGAGUGAGUCUGAUGAUGAUGGCGAUCCAGAACUACCAAUGACUUUCCAUCCCCACGCAAUGUUACCUGUGGAAAAUCAACACAAAGCAGAGGUGGAUACAAGUGGAGGAGAAGAUAUUUGCUUCCUACCUGUUGGGCAGGUCGAUGAAUUUAAAAGAAAGUUAGAAUACAAAGAUCAUGAGCAGACGGAGCUCCAAGGGAAAAAAUCACCACGGAAAAGACGGAAAACGGCAUCCUCGACAGAUGGGGAUGAUGAUGGAAUGAAAGCGGAUGACAAGGUUGGAACAUCAACCGCUAGUGUCGAUGAAGUGGGCACCGGGGGACUUCAACUUCUUCCUCAUACAGGUAAACCUUUAUGUAACAUUUAAUGUCUGUUUAGAUAGCUGUUUGAUAACACUCAAAUGGAGAAAAAAUGUAUGAAUAAUAUUUGAAAUAAAAUGUAAUUGGAAUAAAUUAAUGCCAGCUUAUUAAUAUUCAUGUAUAAAUUAUUUGUUUAAUUUGUUUUUGUUUUUAGUUAUGAAAUCUUUUCAAUACAUUUAUUUAGAAUGUUCAUUCAUUUCCAAUAGCUCUAAGCUAGAAACAAAUAUUUGCAACAAUUUUGUUCCUCACUAAUGUAAAAUUGUGACUUUUCUUUCAGCCACUGGCCCAAUCAUUGUGGAAGAAGAUGACAGCAGUUACAACAAUGGGAUGACAGAAAGUCAGAUGGCCCAACUGGCCAUGUUCCAG